AUGUCUCGCAGGCGGUUAGCUACUAUGACCGCCUAUUUCCAACAACAUACACGCCAACCCUCAACUCUUGGUCUCUUUUCCUUUCUUUUUUUACUUCCUCUCCUCAUUCAUGCUUCGGACAAGACCGACCUUCGGCCUUCUGGGAUCAAAAUUACAACGAACCUAGCGAGCAAUGGGCACGAAUCACGGACGGGCCAGGGAGGAGGCAGAGUGUUUCGAAGGGAGAUCCAGGCUCACCCAGGUCUACCCACUGACCUCUUGGCCGCUUCAGAUUAUACUCUCUCUCGCAGGAGCCUUGUCAAAUAUUACCUAGAUCUCAGUUCGAUAUCAAGGUGCUAUGACCUGCAGAAGGACGCCUUGUCUACUGGUUCGCUCAGCCUUCCCCAACCUCAGGCCACUAUCCAGUUUCGGUUACCCGGCAAGACGAGUUCAUUCAAGGCCGAAGGACGGAAGGAAGGAAGCCGGGAGGAAGCGAUAUCUUAA